AUGAGCGGCGGUGGCGUUGAUAUCAUGGACAGAUUCUGGAGCACCCCUCCGGUCACUCGGACUAUUUUAACAGCCAUGUUUGUGGAGUCUGCACUCGUCCAUUCGGGUCUGGUAUCUGGGAUGCGGAUUGUAUACCAUACACCUUGGAUUUUCAAGUUCCCUCCUGAGCUUUGGCGCCUCCUUUCCUCCUUUCUGUUGACGGGUGGUGGCUUUUCUUUUGUCUUCGACCUCUACUUCAUGUACACAUAUGCCUCUGGCCUAGAAUUGAACUCUCCUCGAUUCGCGCAACCGGGCGACUUCUUCACCUAUGUCUUUUUCGUGGCAACUGCCAUCCUGGUAUCUGGCGGCCUCGUCCUUGGUGGUCACAUCUUUACACAGGCCCUGCUUCUUGCCCUCAUUUACACUUUCGCCCAGGACAACAGGGGCAAGAAAGCACACUUCAUAAUCCUCCAAAUCCCGGUCGAGCUGCUCCCUUGGGCCAUGCUCACACUGACCCUGAUAAUGGGUGGGCCACAAGCUGCCCUCCAACAAGCUACUGGCGUGUUUGCCGCUCACCUCUACGACUUUCUGACCAGAUUUUAG